CCAUAACCCGCCUCUGGCUGCAUCCAACGACCCUCGGCUUACUCUCCGCUUGGUCAUGACUCUGUGCGCCCGAUGGCGCCGUUGAGAUACCUCUCUACGCUCGCGCUCUCGACCAUCUCUGCAUGCCUCGCAGACGCUGUCAACGUCGGCCCUGGCUCCUCUGUUGCGCGACGGCCCCGCCAUGUUCAACCCGCCAUCGAAGACGUUCACUUCCUUCCGCCCGCAGGCAGCUCCCGUACCACCUCCGACGGGGGCGAUGACCUAGAGCUUACGGACGUCGUCCUUGUCGCGUCUGUCGACGGCAGUUUUCAUGCCCUGAACAGAUCGACUGGUCAUGCGCUCUGGUCUAUGGCCGAAGGUGUCAUGGAUCCGCUCGUGCGGACCACCCAUAUUGCCUCCGAAGACGACGCAGAGCAAUAUAUCAUUGAGCCGCAGUCCGGCGAUAUAUAUGUGAUCUCCUCGCCGAGCGCGCCCCUUCAGCGCUUGCCGUUUUCCAUGUCACAGCUCGUGGACAUGUCCCCAUUUAGCUUCACCGGUGACGAGGACAAAGUGUUCAUAGGCAAGAAGAACACGUCUUUGCUUGUGCUGGAGGUGGAGACGGGCAGAAUCAAGUCGAAGAUCAGCUCGGAUGCUUGUCUUUGGGAUGCGGAGCCAGUCGAUUCGUUUGAGCUUGACUUGGAUGCAUUGGAAAGCGGAGAGGAAAAUGGUAGAUCGACCCCAAGCGAGAUCUUCGUUGGAAGAACAGACUACGACAUCACUAUUCAUACCCGCUCCCGAACAUCCUCCUCCCCCCGUCAACCCACUCAACGACUUUCCUUCUCCGUCUACGGCCCGAACAACCAAGACCUUACCCUACAGUCUCUCUACCGCCGCACCCCCGACGACGCCUACAUUCAAUCCCUCACUAAUGGUCAAAUCAUCUCCUUCAAGACCACCGAUGCCGACGCCUCCGACACGGCGCCCCGUAAUCAAAUCCUGUGGGGUCACACCUUCGCCAGUCCCAUCGUCGCCGUAUUCGAUAUCCUUCGAUCACCCUCACGCAACAACCCAUUCGCGCUCCUCCAGCCCCGUUCGCGGUUGCAGGACAUCCUCCCCGGCGUCGACCUUGCCGCUGCUGCGCGGCACAACCGUUUUCCCAAUCUCGAGUCCGCCUACGUUGGCCUCCUCCCUGGCAAGGACAAGGACAGCGCCGGCGGCUCUCUCUUUGCGAUGUCCCCCGACCGGUUCCCGCUCACCGUUUUCAGCGACGCAAACGCACCCGAGAGGCCGAGCACGUGGCGCAUCGACCCACCGCCGGGGCUGCGCUGGGAGGACGAGCCAGAGCGGGGGCGCGACCUACCGUUGGAUGUAGAGAGCGUAACGAGGUUGCGCCGCCUGCGGGAGAUGUGCAAGAACGGGAGCAUGGAUCCGCGCUGCCUGACCGGUGUUCGGCCCCUUGAAUCGUCCAGUCGCUCGCGGCUCAGUCGGCUGCUCGAUGGUGCGCCCGCCCCUCCGUCAUCGCCGGGCGCGAUUGAUCAGGAGCGUGAUCGCGAGCAAACCCCACUGAACACGGCGAACGGCACUGGCGUUUCGAGCGGGUUGCCGGAGGCGACCAGCAGUCCGGUUAUGUCGCGUGCCGCAACAUUAGCAGGCGAAUCCGCCAUGGUGUCGACUUUGGUGUAUCUGGGCCUGCCGUUCGGCGCAGUCACACUGAUGAUCACGGCUUUAGCCAUUUUCCUGGGUGCUGGGUGGCUCUUCUACAGCAGGAAGAAGACACAAGCAUCUCUAACGCCCGUAUCCUCAGCGCCUGCAGUUUUGCAGUCUAGUAUCGAAUCGGACAAAGGGCCGCCUGUUCUUGCCAAAACAAUCGAUCAUUCUGUGUAUCAAACAUCGACGCCCAUGGAACUGCCACCAACAUCUUCCGAUGGGGCGAAGCUAACCGCCGAGUGGGAAAUCGUCCAUUCGCCGGCAUUGAACUCAGAACGCUCAUCCUCUGCUGCUGACCCCACUCCCCAUCAUGUUGAAGCUCAUGAGGCCAAGGUUGUGGGUGAGGAGGAAAGCGACAAGGAAGCCGAUGCUGCAGCCGUACCAGGAAAGAAGCGGGUGAGGAGAAAGGCGAGAGGGGGGAAGAAGAAGAAGGGAAAUGGCAUCAAUGGCAUCAAUCUUGACGGGGCUGAAGAGGCGGAGGAGGCGGAGAAGACGCCGUCGGCUGAGACACCAAACCCUGUGGACGCACCAUCAAUUUCUGUCCCGCCUACACCGAUGCCCUCUACACAGGCACAACAGCUUGUCGUGUCCGAAGACGUGUUAGGCUUUGGUUCACACGGCACCGUAGUUUACAGGGGAUCCUUACAGGGCCGCGCUGUCGCCGUUAAACGGCUUCUGAAAGAUUUUGUGACCCUUGCUUCCCGCGAAGUUGGUCUGCUCCAGGAAUCGGACGACCACCCAAACGUUAUUCGGUACUACUACCAGGAAGCACACGGCAAUUUCCUCUACAUCGCACUGGAAUUGUGUCCCGCAUCGCUCGCGGAUGUCAUCGAGCGGCCUGAUCAAUUUCGAGAUAUAUCGAAUGCGUUCAACCCGAAACGCGCCUUGCGGCAAAUUACUGCGGGGCUUCGACAUCUGCACGCGCUGAAGAUUGUGCAUCGCGACAUCAAACCACAGAAUAUUCUGAUCUCGAGCGCCAAGAAGGGCGUGGGCCUGAACGCAGGAUAUCGCAUGCUCAUAUCGGACUUCGGCUUGUGCAGGAAGCUAGAAUUCGAUCAGACGAGCUUCCUGCCGACCGUGCACGGUGCGGCGGCCGUGGGUACAGUCGGGUGGCGCGCGCCCGAGAUCUUGAGAGGAGAGGUCAGCCUGGAGGAUGCGAGCGACGAAAAUUCGCAGUCGUCAAGAAGCAGUGUCGGCACAACGACCGGCGUGCCCACCGGAAAGCCGACGCGGUUAACGAAAUCCGUGGACAUCUUCGCACUCGGAUGCGUGUUCUAUUACGUGCUCACGAAUGGUGGACACCCUUAUGGCGACCGCUUUGAGCGCGACGUCAACAUCAUUCGGGACGAGAAGUCGUUGAAUGGCCUCGAACAUUUUGGGGAGGAAGGUUCCGAGGCUAUUGACCUCAUUGGGUCUAUGCUGGAUCCUGAUGCACAUGCACGGCCGGAUACUACAAAAUGCCUUCUUCACCCCUUCUUCUGGGAUCCUGCACGCCGCCUGAACUUCCUACAAGACGCAUCGGACAGAUUCGAAAUCAUGUGCCGGGAUCCUAGGGAUCCCAUGCUUGUCCAGCUCGAGACCGAUGCGUCGUCGGUUGUGGGUUAUGAUUGGUACGCUCGCCUGGACAAGGCCGUGAUCGAAAACCUCGGCAAGUUCAGAAAAUACGAAGGAAAGUCUGUACAAGACCUUAUGCGCGCUCUGCGGAAUAAGAAACACCACUACCAAGAUCUUCCUGACCACGUCAAGCGAAUAUUUGGACCCAUGCCGGAAGGCUACCUCGCGUAUUUCACGCGACGGUUCCCGCGUCUCUUCCUUCACGUGCAUUCCAUUGUGGAGGGCUCCGUGCUCCGGCACGAGUCGAUGUUCAAAUCAUAUUUUGAGUUAGUAGAAGCAUGAUCUCCGUAGGUGGGAUCCGGACGUUCGAUAUCUGCUGCUAUUUGUAUCUCAUCCAAUUGUAUCACUACCAUCUGCAUUAUUUGGAUAUCCUAAUGUCUUUGCUUUGGACAGCUGCAAUAAUAUAUCCUUAUCAU